UUCCAAACCUCAGGGCCCCAGCGUCGCUCCUACGCAACGCGCCCCGCCACAACAGAUGGAGCUCUCUCUCUCACUCUCUGUCUCUGUCCUCCUUCCACGAGAUCCUGGAUGCUUGGCCGCACGCGCAUCGCUCUGAUUGUUUCCAACGGCAGGAGCACGAGACCAAGUUGUACUCAUCCGUGGGCCGAAGGUUGAUCCUCAAGAAAAGAGGAGAAGAACCGAGAGGGAGCGCGGUAGAUGAGCCAAGAAAGAGUAUCCUAAAGUCGGCAAGAAAUCCAGCUCAGCAAAAAGAGCUUCGUGGGCUGUUCAGGACCGGACAAACUCCCAGAACCUGACACACCUGACCCCGAUUGGACCGAUCCGACCCUGUGCUCUCUGUCCACACAGGUGCAAGAAAAGCCUGCCGUCUCCUCUGUGAGUCUCUCAUGCUAACCGAGUAUGGAUGACACACAGGACGGGGUUCAGAUCGGAGAGAAAAAGUUCAUCAGCAAGGCAGCAAUCCUCUCAUAUCUGAAAACAUACAACCUUUACUAUGAUGGGCAGAAUCUCCAGCUCCGACACAGAGAGGAAGAAGAGGAGCUGAUUAUCGAAGGCUUGCUGAAUAUCUUUUGGGGCCUUCAGCGGCCAAUCAGACUUCAGAUGCAGGAUGACCACGAGCGAAUUCGACCGCCGCCGUCCUCCACGUCCUGGCACUCAGGCUGCAACCUGGACAGCCAAGGGCAAGUGAAACCAGACAGGUCUCCCAACAACAUAGACGGUCAGCAGACCUCAGAACAAAAUCCUCCCACUGUGGAAGUGACGCCACCUGACAGUAAACAGGAAGACAACACGGAGACGGAUGAAGAGGACAGUGAGAGCUCCGCUCAGCUUCUCCGGACGAAAAGCGACGCUGGCGUUUUAAGACGCGGCCAGCGGCGGUCUCCGAGCGACCAGAGGAAAAUCCGACGCCAUCGAUUCUCCAUCAAUGGACACUUUUACAACCAUAAGACAGCCGUGUUUACGCCUGCGUAUGGGUCAGUAACUAAUGUCAGGAUCAACAGCUGCAUGACCACACCGCAGGUGCUCCGGGUUCUCCUCAACAAGUUUAAAAUUGAAAACAGCCCGGAGGAUUUUGCUCUCUAUCUUGUCCAUGCAAGUGGAGAGCGAGUGAAGCUGAAGCGGACUGAUUUUCCUCUGGUGCUGAGGGUCAUUCAGGGUCCAUGUGAGCAGGUCUGCAAGGUCUUCCUCAUGGAAGAAGACUUGGGUGAAGAAGUCACAUAUGAUGUGGCGCAGUAUAUCAAGUUUGAGAUGCCUGUCCUUCAGAGUUUCAUCACCAAGUUGAAGGAAGAAGAAGACAGAGAGGUGCAGAAGCUCAGAAGAAGGUAUAAUUACCUGCGGUGUAUAAUAGAAAAGCAGCUUCGUGGUCUUCCAGAAGGAGCAAAGUGUAUUUAACGUAUUGAAGGUGAGGAUUUCCUCCAGCACAAACUGUUAGGAACUGUUUACAUCCGCCGCCAACAGAGAGAGAGAGAGAGCGCGUCGAUCAGGCAAGAACUUCUUCUUUCUAACUCCUCCACUUCACUCUUCUGCUGUCUUCCUGUACACCAUCACAUACAUGGCUCAAGUGAUUUUACCUUUUUCAUUUGUAUUUUUAUUUGAUAAGCUUCCUGAGCCUAAAAUAAGAGGCCACAUCCUCUGUUCAUAUUCUAAUCAAGCACAGCUGUAAUGUGACAUAAUUAUAGUAAAGUGCCUAUUUUAACCUCUUCCGAGCACAAAAUGCUUACGAAUGAUCAAAAAGAGCCAGAGCUAAUCGCACUAGCUGAAAGCACAAGGUUUUGAGAUCCAAGCGCUGAUGCCAAUGUUUGCAUUUCCAUUCCUCCCUGAGCUGAGCGAGUCUGAGAACUGAAUUUACAUCAGCCGCCUUCGUUUCACUGCAGCUGAUAAAUCCUAAUGCUCAGAUUUAUGUUGUUAUUAGCUGUUCUGUAAACUGAAUGUUAUGUUUGUUUUGAUACAGACGGGAAAAAAAAUGACUGCAUGUUUUAAUGUGUGAGUUCAAUGUUUGGUUUUCACAAUUUUUAAGUUACAUCAAAUAACUGAAGGUAUUUCACUGAGAUCUCGUGGUACAGAGCAGCAUAAAGUCGGGCUUUGUUGUAAAGUGGAACAAAAAUAUUCGAGAAAAAAGUCUCUGAGAAAUGAAAAUGCUACUUUAACCAGAAAAUAUGCAUCUUAUUAAACAAAACUGCAAAAACAUAAAAUCUUGCAAGAUAUUUUUGUCUAGUUUCUAGUGCAAAUAUCUCAGUACACUUGGAAUAAGACAAAUCAAGUAACUUUUUAGCAAGAAGUAGGAGCUUGUUUUAAGUCAAUAAUAAUUCCUUAAUAUUGAUUAAGUAUUGUUCCACUGGUAUGUUAUUUUACUUAUAACAAGACAUUUUUCCCAUGUUCAGUCUUCUGUUUCUUGGUCUUCAUGAUGAACACGCACUUUUCAAAUUUGUUUGUAAAACAUUUUUCAAACAUACAAUUUUUCUCCACUUUACAAUAAAUUUUUAUGUUGGUCUGUCUCAUAAAAUCCCUGUAAAAUUCACAAAAGUUUAAAGUUGCAACAUAACAAAAUGUGGAAAAGUUAUAUGGGUGUGAAUGCCUUUGCAAAGCACAAGUAUAUUUUAUCUACAACCAGCAGCUGCCAAGACUGUAAACCAGGUGAACUGACUGACAUUUAGGUCCAAAACUAAAAUCACUUCAUGAAGCUGAUUUACAUGUUCAACCUGUUUCAAAGGGAAAACAAACCGGAGUUACAGAUUUUAUGUUAUCAUUUGCCUUCUUCUAAAAGUCUAGCUCAUUUUAUUUACACUUUGAUUUUUUUCAGUAUUUUAAAAAACCAGAAUAAUUGAGCUAAAUAGUAAAUUUUUAUCUUCAGAUUUUGUUCCUACAGACAGACGCAGGCUGACUGUUAGCUGAUUUUUUUGGUAAAUGUUUGAAUGACGCGUUUGUUUUUUUGGUGGUUUUUUUUAAACGGACGGUUACAAUUCUUGUGAUUUGUUUCAUGUUAAAAACCUGAUUUUACAAAAAAAAAAGGGCCAAAAGUGACAGUUUGUGGGAUUUUCUUCAUGUUCAGCAAAAGAUUUAGUCGAAAAAGCACAAGAAAAUUAAAGCUGUGAAUUAUUUUGUUGAUUUUUAAAGGAGAAUGUCUGAAAUGUUUUAAACGAGCAUUAAAAGCAGCAACGUUUGGCUCCAAAUGAGCAGCACUUUGCGUAUGAUUGUCGCGUCUUUAUCGUUUUUCCGCGGAUGGCACCCUGCAGAGUUUCUGUGUGACUCUGAAAGCGCGCAUGUUUAUAUUUUCAGUGACUUCUUUGUAUUGUCUUUUAGAAAACAUACAGUCGACUUUCAAGGCUUGUUAAUGUGAAGACGACAUUCCACCCCUUCAAAAAUUUGUUUUUUUUGUUUGUUUUUUACAGUGAUAUUAUUUAAUAAAAAUCUGUUUUCGGAAAAUUUGUUCAUAUUGUGUAAUUGUUUUGUUCAAGUUAAUGAUUAUAAUGUAAUUUAUUGUGUUGCUUUUUGGUACAAUUAAAUGUUUCA